AUGGACAGCAGCAUCCUCAGCAUAAUUAUAGUUGUCAGUGUGGAGUUUUUCCUCGGAAACAUGGUGAACGGAUUCGUAGCCCUGGUGAACGGUGUGGACCUGGUCAAGAGGAGAAGGAUCUCUGAAGUUGAUCAACUCCUCUCCGCCCUGGCGCUCUCCCGGAUUGUUCUGCUCUGGUCAGUGGUGCUCAAUAUGUUGUUGUCUUUUACUUACCCAGGUAGAAUAAACAUACACUUAAUAAGAGUAAGUAAUUUUUCCUGGAUUGUGUCCAAUCAUUUUAACCUCUGGCUGUCGACCAACCUCAGCCUCUUCUUCUUUCUCAAGAUAGGUUAUUUCUCCAGCUCUGUUUUUCUUUACCUGAAGUGGAGAGUCCGGAAAGUGGUCUCAACAACCUUGGUCACGUCUCUGGUCCCCUUGUUUUUCAAUGUGCUUGUGAUAAACGCUAUCUUCGACAAAAGCCUCGGCGGUUGUAUGAGAAACAUGUCGUACUUCCACUGUACCAAGGCCUCUACGCAGUUUUCCAAACAUAUUUUACUCACCAACUCUGCAUUUAUGCUCCUGCCCUUCAUCUUCUCCCUGGCUGUGAUCCUCCUGCUGAUCAUCUCCCUGCGGAGACACCAGAAGCAGAUGCAGCAGGUGUUGUGGGGAACCCAAGGCGCCAGCGCCAAGGCCCACCUCAGGGCCCUGCAGACCGGGGUGGCCUUCUUCCUCCUCUCCGUCGCCUUCAUCCUGUCUGUCAUCCUACAGCUUUGGACCUUCGAUUUCCUAGACAUGAACAUUCUCAUUCUGUCUUCUCUGGCUACUGGGAUUGCUUUUCCCUCAGGCCACUCCCUCAUCCUGGUCCUGGGGAACAGCAAGCUACGUCAGGCCUUGGGAGCCAUGCUGCGGGGGCUGCGGGGGCUGUGGUGCUGGGGCAGGGCCCCAGAGCCCGGAGACUGCACACCCCUGACUGGCCAGGCCUCCGUGCCUCUCAGGAGGCUCCACUGA